GAAGAGCCCAGAAGCAACAUCAUUUGUAUUGAAUAGGCUGAAGAACAUAUAAUGCUUUUUAUGUGAUGAAUGCAUAAACCUUGAAUUUGAACAUUGGUGGGUUUGUCUGCCUUGUUGAAAUCAGCAGCCUAGAAACAACCUUGACAGAAAACAACAUUCUUGACAGCCAAAUCUAGGAUUUAUAACUCUUAGUUUUCAAAUAAAAGAUGUCUGCUUCAUUAAAUGUUGAUUUUUGAAUAUUUGAAGAAGACCUGCAUGGAUAUUUCUUGCUUGGAAAUUCAAAAGAUAUUCCUGUGCAAUUAGAAAUGAAAAACAGAUGAGAAUGCUAUGAAAAGAUACAUGGUAAAGAGAAAGACCGUACACUUGGAUGCAACUACAGUCAAAGAUUCUAAUUAAAAACACUUCUGGAUCAAGUGUAUGUCUAGUUUCUUCGGAUUUGAAGGACUGGCUGUAAGGGAAAGAGUGAAAUAUUUUGUGCAUCAAGAAAUUGUGCUUUGAAAUUUGCUCAGUGAAGUAUACAGGAAGUCUUCAAGAAACUUACUGCUGUUCUUAAAUGUGAUUUAACUUUAUUCUUGUAAUGUUGCAGUGUUUGAUAAUUUUAAAAAGACUCACUUUUAAGUAGCAUCGGAGUACCAACUGCACUCAAAGCUUCAAGAGAAAUACUGUAUAGGUUUUCAUUCUAGGAAACGUUAAAAAUUAAUGUGACAACACCAUGUCGCAGCAUGGAUAUUCAAGAGAUGGACAAGAAAAUCAUCACCAGAUGCUUCGCAGAGUCAGUCAUUUACGCCAAAGGGUUGCCUCAACAAUUCAGCGAUCUCUUACAAAAAGAAAUGGAAGAAAUUAUGCUUCCCACACCUGGUCGGAUGAAAUCAUGCAUCAGGAUAUUGUUCCCCUCCGUGCUGAAGAUAUUGAAGAUGAGUUAAGAAAAAAGUUUGCAUAUCUUUCAGGCGGACGAGGACGAGAUGGCUGUCCUGUCAUCACUUUUCCUGAAUUCUCUGCAUUUGGUGAGAUUCCAGAAAAGGAGUUUCAAAGUGUUUUGACAUACCUCACUAAUAUUCCCAGUUCACAAGAUGCUGGAAUUGGAUUUAUCCUGGUCAUAGACCGCAGGCAAGAUAAAUGGACAUCAGUGCGCACCUCUAUAAUGCGAAUUGCGACAUCAUUUCCAGGAAAUCUUCAACUUGUUCUGGUUUUGCGUCCAACUGGAUUUUUUCAUAGAACUCUCUUUGACAUUGCCUUUAGAUAUCAUGGAAAUGACUAUAAAAUAAAGCUGCCGAUCAUAAUGCUGAGUUCACUAACAGAAUUAAAUAACUAUAUUGAUACAACCCAACUAACUGAAGAUCUUGGGGGUUCCCUAGAUUACUGCCAUAAUAGGUGGCUUACACAGCGCACUGCCAUAGACAACUUUGCUCGAAUGGUUAAGCAGAUACCUCAAACACUUCAAUCCUUUGGGAAUGAGCUUGCAGAAGAAGAGCUACCAAAUGAUGCUGAGGCCACCAGCUACCUCCUGGAAACACAUACAGAAAGGAGAGACAAAAUGAAGGAACAUUUGAAAAACGCAUUAAGGCAAGGUGAUGAUAUUCUCCAUGUUAUUCGAAAACCUGUCCUUGAAAACCCAGAGUACAAACUGAAUCCAGAUCAAAAAGAAAAUCAAAUUACUGUGGAAAGGCUUUUAUCUCAACUAGAUGAAACAGAAGCAGCUUUUGAUGACUUUUGGUUUAAACACCAACAGAAGCUUGAGCAAUGCUUACAACUUAGACAUUUUGAACUGGAUUUCAAAGAGUGCAUGAAGUGGUGUGAUGAUGGAAUUUAUCUGCUGGCUUCUCAACCUGUAGACAAAUGCCAAUCGCAGGAUGGAGCAGAAGCAGCUCUGCAGGAAAUUGAACAAUUUUUGGACAUGGGUGGUGAUAAUAAACUCAGGGAACUAAAUUACUUGUCCAAAGAAUUUGAAGCUAUUCUCACUGAAGAAUUAAUGGAACAUGUACAAAAGGUUUUUCAGAAACAGAAAAAUAUGGAAGAAAUGUUUCAAAAGAGGCAAGUCAGCCUUAAGAAACUGGCAGCUAAGCAGACACGCCCUGUUCAGCCAGUGGCACCUAGACCAGAAGGAUAUCUAAAAUCACCUUGUCCUUACUCAGGCCUUCAAAUAGAGUCUGAAGAUUCAUCCAGCUCUGAUAACCAUGCAAUAAGGAGAGCGAACAUCAGAAAAAUGAAGAGUGAGAUAAAUGAAAUGCAGCAAUCUAGAAAUGUUACUGUAACAGAUGAUGAAGAAAAUCUAGCAGUGUUACGCAAACAUGUAAUGAAUGAACUUCUUGAAACUGAACGAGCUUAUGUGGAGGAACUUCUUUGUGUUCUUGAGGGCUAUGCAGCAGAAAUGGACAACCCCUUAAUGGCACAUCUCAUUUCCCCUGGGCUACAAAAUAAGAAAGACGUGUUGUUUGGAAAUAUGGAAGAAAUCUAUCACUUUCACAACAGAAUAUUUUUGAGAGAAAUAGAAGAUUAUAUAGACUGCCCUCAACUGAUAGGACGUGGUUUCCUCGAACGGAUGAAAGACUUCAAAAUUUAUGAAAAAUAUUGUCAAAAUAAACCUCGAUCAGAAAGUCUUUGGAGGCAGUGUUCAGAUUCAGCAUUUUUCCAGGAAUGUCAACGAAAACUUGAUCACAAGUUGAGUUUGGAUUCUUAUUUACUAAAGCCUGUUCAAAGAAUAACCAAAUAUCAACUGUUGCUAAAGGAAAUGUUAAAGUAUAGUAAAAAUUGUGAAGGUGCUGAAGAUCUCCAAGUGGCCCUGACUUCAAUAUUGGGAAUUCUUAAAGCAGUUAAUGAUUCCAUGCAUCUGAUUGCAAUCACUGGCUAUGAGGGGAACCUGAAUGAACUGGGGAAACUUUUAAUGCAAGGAUCCUUUAACGUAUGGAUUGAUCAUAAAAAGGGUCACUCAAAAGUGAAAGAUUUGGCUCGAUUUAAGCCAAUGCAAAGACAUCUCUUCCUCCACGAGAAGGCAAUCUUAUUCUGUAAAAAGAGAGAAGAAAAUGGAGAAGGUUAUGAAAAAGCUCCUUCAUACAGUUUUAAGAAUUCUUUAAAUAUGACUGCAGUUGGAAUAACAGAAAACGUCAAAGGGGAUAUUAAAAAAUUUGAAAUCUGGUAUAAUGCAAGGGAAGAAGUUUACAUAGUACAGGCUGCAACUCCUGAAAUCAAAGCUACCUGGGUAAAUGAAAUUAGAAAAGUAUUGACCAGCCAAUUACAGGCUUGCAGGCAAGCUAGCCAGCAUAAAGCUGUUGAACACUCUCAGAGUUUACCUUUAUCUCUCUCAAGUAAUACCAGCCCUUCAAAAAAUGAGGGAAGGCACUUGAGAAAACAAGAAAUGAGAAAUUCAGAUAGUCCAGAUGGUUGUGUCAGUUCUGUAGCACCAAAGAAUCUUGAAAAAAGCAAAGGUUUGUCCAAAACCUUUCAAUCUCUUGAUGCUUCUGAAGAAAACGAUGGUUGGUCUAGUGCAGAAGAUCCAUUUAAUUCAUCAGAUGCAGAAGAAGAGGGAAAGGCAGAGAAGAAAUUGGUUCCUGGUAAAUAUACUGUCGUAGCCAGUUACGAUAAAGGUAGCUCAAACGGCUUGAUCCUGAACAGUGGAGAGUUAGUUCAGCUAAUCCAUGAAGCAGCAGAUGGCCUUUGGUAUCUGAGAAAUUUGAGCACAAACAAAGAAGGGUGGGUCCCUAUCAACAUUUUGAUACCGUUACUCAGUAACUCCAAAUCUGCUUUCUCUCUCAGCAGCUUAGAAUCUGCAGCGGGUUCAAGUACAUUGAGUUCAUCUUCAAGUUGUAGUGAAAAUUGCAAUGUCAGCAAUCCCUUCUCAGAUACUAAGGGUUAAAUUGAAAGUUCCACCACAACUCUCUGAAGAUUUAAAACUGCCAAUGUGACUAUCAGAUGUUAAAGAAGUAAAGAAGCAUCAUAAUUGCACAUUUCUCAGUUGUUCCUCUUGUGUUUAAAGAUGGUUUAGUGGGUAUUCUUGAAGAACCUGAAUACAUUGGUGAUGGAUUAGUGGGAAUAACUCUUCUGGAAGCUGCCAGCAUAGAAACCUAUCACUCUUCAAGAAUGAAAUGGACUUUGUCAUAGAUAUCUUGGGAAGAAUAUUACCAGCAGCCAUUAGUUUCCAUUGUGUAAAUCUGACUAGUUAAAACAAUGAUUAUUAAAUUAAUAUAGAAUGUAGAAAACAACAACUGAAAAACUUGAUCUCCAUAAAUGAAUGAAUAAAAGCCAUCUGGGGUCAAAAUAUAAUGUGCAGGAAAUGACAGAGCUGAGUAUUUGCUAAUUUGAUGUAGUACCAUAAUUCUUUUCUAACUUCAUUUUCUGUGGCAUUUCCUUUAGCCAUGAUGAAAAAAAUUGAUAAUCUGAAAUAUUUUUAACACUGAACCAAAUUUUAAGACCAAUUACUAUUGUUUAUGGAAUUAUGAUAAUUUCGUGUUUAUUUGGACAUACAAAUCUUUGUUAAAAAAAAAAGAAGUGAAAAUAUUGCAAUCCAUUUUUGUACUAGUUAAGAUGAUACUACAAUGUCACAAAAUUGUCCUCUGUCCUCAGCUUUUGUCCUUUGGCAACUAGGCCAAAAGCUGUUCAAUCAUUUUAGAAUUUUCUCAUUCUCUGUGGGACUGAAACCUUACUGCUGCUUUUUUUAAAAAAUUCAGUUUGUUGCAAAACUGAAGGCAUCACACACAGGAAUAGGAAAUAAAUUAUUAAGUAUUUUACUUUCUUUGUGUGAAAUAGAGUAAUAUUGUACAAACAAAUUCUUCUAAGAAAACAAUUUAUAAAUCUAUCUUGCCAAAGGAAGGACUACUUAAAACCACAUUUAAACCAUGCUGGAUUUACUCAAACAUCUGAAUUAAUUUACAGCUCAUGCUGGUGUUAUGUGGAAAUGAAUGUUUGACUUUCAAUAUUUAUGAAAACAGUAGAAAUAUAACAAGUUUGUCUGCAUUUUGGCUUGGUAUAUAUAACCACUGACUUUGAUUGUUCCAAAUGUCAGACAGGUUCCCAGCCAACUGCAGCUGACUGCGGAUAGUUCACCAAGAUAUUAUUUUUGUAUGUGUGUUUAUAUGUUUAUGUGUUAUGUAUUAAUGUAAAAAUAUCUAUUUAUAAUCUUCCAGUCCUUGCAUUUCAGCUUUUUAAAAAGCAUCAGUGUGUAGUCUUUCCAAGGCUUUAAUUAAUAUACUUUCAGCAUGAUCUAUCUUUCCCUGAACCUUCUCAGAAAAUGGGGCCAUGCUGGCAAAGCCAGUGUUGGUUCUUUUCUGCUAAUCUACUAGCAAUAUUCUUUAUAACUUAUUUUGUAAAUAUGGGUGUAACAAAAAGAGAAAAGAAACUUUUUUUAUUUGCAACAUUGGCUGAUGAAGGAAGAAUGUAAUGCUGGAGUACAUACAUAGGGCUUGUCGCGUCCUCCCUCUGCCAAUCUGCUUUGGCUUGGGAGACAGUAAGUGACAUCUUAAUAUACCAUAUAAAAUGGUCGGUUAUCAUUGGCUUUUGUAAAGAGCUACCACAGGGAAACCAAGCUCUGCAGAAGGCUCUCCUAUCAAAUCCUGUUUACUUUAUACUUGCCAGUGUCAUUUCAUGUGCUUGUACAUGUAUCAUUGCACUUUAAUAGCCAAUAUUUCAAUUUUUUACUGCUGAUGUAAAUUACUACUACAGAAUCCAGUAUCCUUAUUGUAUGUAUGAUACUUUGAAUAAAUUUAAGCAUUACUUGUUG